ACUGACCAAUGACAGCAGCGAGAUCUGAUGCCCAACGCGAGCCGUGUUCUUUUGCGGUUGUUUUUUAAUCCGCCCGUAUUUCCAACCAACCCAAGUCCCGCCUCCUGUGCUGUCGGAUUGGUAAAUGAAUGUCCCGCCUUCCGUGCGGUGAUGCGCCGUUUAGCGUCCAACUGAUUGGCCAACUUAGACGUCUUUCGUCUGCAUCGUUAUGGCAACAGAACAGAAACAGCGGAAGCGCCUGAGAGUCCUGCAAGAAAGGCCAGGCCUGACUGGUGCUUUUUAAAGCGAAUUGUUUUUAUUUUUAUAUCUUUAAAUUAUUUUAUUUAUUUAUUUGCUUUAAUUUUCUGCGCCUAUACUCGUGUAAUUCAUUCGUUUACUCAUUUGAGCCAUUUUCAUUGCUCGUUUAAACCGGCCAAUCGGAGUGCAGUGGGCGGGGCUUAUAGGAAUACGGAUUAGGAAACAUUAACGUGUCGUUCGUGGCUGCGGUUUUCGCCGUCACUGGGAUCAGAGGGGUUUCUCUUAUCACCGCUUAUCGCCUCGGAAUGAUGAUGUGACUCCGUGCAGUGAAGAUGUCGCUAGCGCCGAGGAUGCUGUGCUUGGCUAAUUUGUGAGCAGCAUGGACGAGGCUGCCAGCCAGCUGGAGAGAGACCAUGUUCACAGCGUGUACGAGAGGAUUGCGCCGUUCUUUAAUGACAGUCGCUACAAGGCUUGGCCAAGAGUCAAGCAGUUCCUGUUGGAGCAGGAACCAGGCAGCAUCGUCGCCGAUGUGGGAUGUGGCAAUGGGAAAUACCUGCACAUCAAUGAAAGCAUCUUUAAGAUGGGCUGUGACGUGUGCCGUCCGUUGGUGGAUUCGGCCUGGAGUCGAGGUCAUGAGGUUCAGCUGUGUGACGGUCUGCGUUUACCCUACAGAGACGGCUGUUUUGAUGCCGUGCUCUCCAUCGCAGUCAUCCACCACAUGUCGACCAAAGAGCGUCGGAUCCGGGCGCUGAAAGAGAUGGCGCGCACACUACGAGUUGGAGGUCGAGUCAUGAUCUACGUCUGGGCCAUGGAGCAGAAAAGACGCAAGUUUGAGAAGCAGGACAUCUUCGUGCCCUGGAACCCCAACCCUCCCUUAUCCUCUGCCUCAAGAGGACGUCUCAGACCAAGGCAACGUGGCAGUGGAACCCAGAGCGUUAGCGAUGCCCCAGAGUCUGACGACAUGCACAGGAACACAAGCACAUCGUCAAUGGUAGAUGAAGAAGAUCCAGGAAGCCCCGCACAGCAGAGGAAGCAGAAGCUUUGGUUUUUCUCCAGGUCUCUGGACUCCGUGCUGGAUUUAAGCAGCCUGACCGUGUCUCGCUCUUCCUCCAGAGAGCUCAGUGCUUUCUGCAGCCCCACUGAGGAACCUGAGGCGAGAACCCAAGCGAGAAGCACAAGAGGACGAGCACUGAUCAGACAAGUAUCCAGCUUUUUCACCAACCCGUCCUCCAGGAACAGCCUAGAAGAGGACGUGUUCGUCUCAGAACCGCAUGAGCAGAUGCAGAAAGCCGAGUGUGGGAACGGGACGGUUUCGGUCGCACUGGUGCAGGACUGUUCAUCAGUGCCCUUACCGGAUUUGGUGUCUCGACAGAGAGAGCGCUCAGGUAGCGAACGUCUCGGAGAGGACGAUGGAGGAGAUCUCGGACAGGAAAGUGCAGUGUCUCUUCAGCAGCAGCAGGAGGAGUGGAGUAAAGACAAGCUGAAUGAGUCGUGUCUGCGCUAUUACCACGUCUUCAGAGAGGGGGAACUGACUCAGCUGAUCGAGGAACAUGUCGAGGAACUUCAUAUCCUGCAGACCUACUUGGAUCAUGCCAACUGGUGUGUAGUGGCUGAGAAGGUCCAUGUGUGGAGGGUUUAGUUUCUUUGUUUAUUUAUUACAAUAUUUAAUUUUUUAACAGUGUAGUCUUUUAAAAUCGUUUUAAUGUUUCUUUUUUUAAGGAUCUGAAUCUUUUUGACUGCAGUGGUCGUAUCUGUAUCCAUAAUAAACCCAUUGAGGUUGUAGAUCAUCUUAUCUGAGGAAAGAGACAGAGAGAGAGUGUUCAGUGUGAUGCUUGCUCAACUGUUUAACGAGCUUGGUGCUGUGAUGCUUUUGGGAGUUGUAUUACAAUUUUCUUAUUAGCUUUUUCUGGUCUGAAAUAUAUAUAUAUAUUUUGUUUUUAAUUUAUGUAUGUCGCAAAUUUUUCCACUAACUAAGGCAAUUUAAAAUGUUAAAAGUUUACUAAUAUCCCUUAUGGCACUGAUUUUCAUGGCAAAUACAAUACUGUUAGCUGUCUUAAGCAAUUCCUGCCUGAAACGGACAUCAUUGCACAUCGUCGUACUGAACCAAACAAUGUGAGCACAUAACUAGCAUUUAAAUAGUGAAUGCUCCCUUCUCAGGAGUUUGUUUUUCUGUCAUGUGAUCGUGGCGUAUUGUGUUAUGUUGAACUGUUUACCCAAGAUGAAUGGUCAUAUUGCUGCUUGUUGGAUUUCAGUAGAUCGCACAAAAAAAUCCCUUCCUCAAAACUUCUAAAUAAUUCCAUUUGAACCAUUGGCUGCUGGUGUUGAUGAACAUUUUACAUUGUAAUGCUGAUGUACUGUGUCUACUUAUUGUGCCGUGCCACGGGUCUUACGUUACUAUCCUUUGUAAACUUGAACCAUUUUGUUUUUUGUUUUAAUUUAUUAAACUGUGUGUUCUUACUGUUUAUUUAAUAAAUACUGUAUAAUUGAGUGAGUGUAAGUGAAUAAAUAGGCUAUAUUUUAUUCUCA